AUGACCGCCUAUCAAGCCAAACUCUCAAGCGAGGGCCACACCUACACCAAAAGUGAUGGACUGGUCGGAGGACUGCACACCUACGGUGUCAUUCAGCCUGAGAGUAAGGUCCACCAAGCGGAUGACGGGCAUGUCUGGGAGACUAUCAUUAUCGGUGCCGGUUACGCUGGUUUGAUUGCGGCCCGCGACCUUGUCAAGGCUGGCAAGAAGACUCUGCUUCUCGAGGCUCGCGACCGUAUUGGUGGCCGAACAUGGAGUGCUGAAGUUGACGGGACUACAUACGAAAUGGGUGGUACCUGGGUGUCGCAUGUUCACGGCCGUCUCUUUGCCGAGAUGCAGCGAUAUGGUCUUCAAGACGAAGUUACUAUGACGCGUACCGAAAAUGGUGGUUGCUCUUACUUCACCCUUGAUACCGGGUCGGGAUCGCGAACCUUCACCCUCCAGGAGGCCGGUGAAAUGACUGCCAGGGCUUGGAGAAUUUUUAUCAACAUUGACGGCAAUAAUUGUCGUGAUAUAUGUCCCCUUCCUCAUUCAUCGCUUGGCAACUUCCGCGUCUCCUUCGAGCAGAUCCAAGCUGUGGACCAGCUCUCAUGCCGUGACCGCAUUGAACAAAUCAAGCAUCUCCUAACCGCUGACGAGCUCGCCCUUAUCGAGUCCCUCGUUCCACACUGUGGUGGUGGAUCUGUUGAGGAUAUGGGUUUUCUGGAGAUGGUCCGCGCCCAGGCCCUCCAGGGGUAUAGUCCUGAAACCUUUGAGGAGAUAUGGACUCUCUACAAGAUUCGUGGAGGCCAGUCCACACUUGCUCGUCGUAUUUUCGAUGAUUCAGUCCGCCUUGGGCUUCAAUAUGAGUUCAAAACUCCCAUUAAGUCUAUAAUGGAGAGAAGGGGCAUUGUUUCUAUCACUGCCACCACUAGCAGCACCCAUACCAAAGUCUAUCGUGCGAGGCGCGUCAUCAACACAAUUCCUGUCGCAGUUCUCCCUACUAUCGAAUUUGAUCCUCCUCUCACUGCUCUCCGCCAGGAAGCCCUCGAGAUCAAUCAGCUUGAUUACCUAACCAAAAUUCAUGCCGAGGUUGAGGGUGACCUCCGCGGGCUCAGAGGCUGUACAUGGCCUGGCGAAUUACUUUACGUCUAUGGAGACGGCUUCUGUGCUGGCGGCAAGUCGACCCGUAUCACCUCAUUCGCUGGUGACAACCGAGGCAUCCUUAACCCACUUGAAGAACCAGAGAGACUUGAGGUUGCUCUGCAGCGGUUUCAUCCUAUGAACAUCAAGAAGCUGGUCUUCCACGAUUGGGUUGCAGACCCUUACGCAAAGGCCGGCGCCGCCUGGUAUCCCGCCGGUUUCCUCACCAAGUAUCUUGCCGAGCUUCAGAAGCGCCAUGGAAAUGUCCUCAUGGCAAACUCCGAUUGGGCCUCCGGGUGGAGGGGAUUUAUCGAGGGUGCCCUUGAGCAAGGUGCUCUUGCCGCUGGAACUGUCCUAGACGAGAUUGAUGUUUCCAGUGCGAACGCUGUCCCUUGCUCUAAGAUUUAA